AUGCGGGAGGAUCUCGAUGCACCAAUUGCCCUGCGGCGCACCCCGCGGCGGAGCAAAGGCGAUGCGCGCACAGUUGAUAUGGUAUCCACAGACGCGAAUUCGUCGCCGGCAUCUACUUUUCAGACGCCCAGCCGGACCCGGACCAAGAAGAGGGUGCGCUUCUCUGACCCGGGCCCAGAGAUCGCCUCCCACAACUCGCCAUCCUCUACCGGGCUGACGCCCAUGGUUCGCCGGACCACACUGGGCAAUGCGGUGCCGUCCAAGAGAAGAAGACACUCGACCUCGGGUGAUCUGCAGAGUGGUGUUGAUGGAGAUGCCCAAGACACAUCCAACGAGGUGCAUUUCCUCUCCCUGCGUCAGGUCCUCGACGACCGUGUGAAGCGGAGGAUACGGCGCAAUGGCCUCAGCGAGGAGAUGAACAUUAUCGACGGCGAAAAGCGGCAGCGCGCGCAACGGCAGACAUCGGAAAUCCAGCGCCUGCGCCGCGAACUCGCACAGCGAGACGAGGAGAUCGAGGGUCUCAGGAACGCAACGGUCGUGCAGGAUACCGAGCGCAUCCUGCAGCUCGAGGAGCAGAUCGACCGGCUGCGAGCCGAGCUUGACAACAACCAGCCCGAGCCAGCAGACCAGACACGGCUCGAUUGGACCAUGGCGGCGCAAGAUCCCUUCACCGAUGGCUACAUGGAAGAGGACGAUGUAGAUGAAGACGCAUUUGGCGACACUACAAUGGCGGAUCUGGUAUGCAGCACACCGACCAGAGCGCGGUCGUCAUUUCCGACGCCGCCGUGUACGAGUCCAAUGUUGCCCAUUACACCACCGUCCAUGAGACGCCAGCCGAUCCCUCCCUCAUCACAUACUGGUGUGCAGGCACAAAUUCCAGACCCCGAGAAAGAAGCUUUGGAGGCAGAACUAGGCUCUUUGCGUCUCGAACUGACAAAGCUCAACGACACCCUAGCAUCCCAUGAAGGCCAGCGCGAACGCCUUUCCAACAAGCUGUCCAAAGUGCAAUUGCCCACGUCCCUAGACCGUCAUCGGGACAUGGAAGAACACCUCGACCAAGUCCUCCAAAGCCUAUCAGACAAGACGGCUGGCCUCCUCGAUAUCAACUCCUCAUUGAGCGCCCUGGGCUUUCGAGGUGGCGACUCUCUUGAGAUCGUAGCAUCCAUCGCUAAUGCGCUGAGGACCGCCAGGCUCGAACUCGAAUACCUUACACCCGGGGAAAUUACCCUGCCGCUGUCGUCGCAUGGCGCCGAGGUCCUUGAUCUGGUGCUAGUCCGCCUGCGAGAUCUGUCCCGCCAGGUCAAAGAGGAUGAGGCCUCCAUUGACGAGUAUCAUGCCCUGGAAUUAACGCUGCGGCAGCAAUUAGGCGCCCGUGUAGAGGCCAUGGACGGUCUCCGGCGCGAGGCACAGAGAAGCACUGCCCGCCUGGAGGGCAAGGAUGCGCGCAUCGCCGAGCUCGAAGUUGGCGCCGACCGUCUCAAGGGUGCCAUUGAGGGCUACCGGCGCGACAUUUCCGAGCUGGAGACGCUGGUGCAGAGGAUCGAGGAGGAAGGACAGAGCAACGUGCAAAAGCUCCGGUCCGAGGUGGAUGCCGGGAAGCAGGAGAUUAAGCGCAAGGACAACAGCGCCCGUGAACUCGAGGCCAAGAUCGCGUCGCUCUUGUCGCAGGUGUCGGAGAUCAAGAAGCAGCUCGCUGAUGCCCAGUCGCAGCGAGCCGCCCUGAACCGAUCGCACGGCACAGCGCUGGCGCUCCGCGACGCACGGGUGACGGAGCUGCGUGGCGAGAUUGACGGCAUCAACGCGGCGCUCCGGACAGCGCACGAGACUAUAUGCCAAUUGCGUGUCCAGAAUGUCGGCCUGGAGAAUAGCAUUGACGGCGAGAGGAAAAAGGCCAAGGAGGCUGUUGACUCGAUGAAGGCCGAGCUGGCCAGGGUCUUGGAGAUGAGCGAGGGUAUCCUGGCGACGCCAAAGAAGGGUGGCGCGGCUGGCCGCCGCAGUACGCGGAGCUCUGCCGGCGGCUCGUCGUCGCAAUCAUCGAUGCUGGCAAGCGGUGGGGCGGGUAGGAAGAGACGAAAGUAUGACAGUGGGCUCGGGUUCUUGUCCGAGGAGGAAGGUGACAUUUAA